GUGAAGUUUUGCAACUCCUCACUGUCGCCUGGAAAUCUGAUCCGGUUUCUCACUCUAUCCCCACCCUACAGCCGGUUCUGCUGUCUUUCAAGCAGGUGAGGAGGAGGAACACAGGAACAUGUGAGACCUGAUGGUGGUGGACAAUGGAUGGAAUAUCAAGAGUUGCCCUGAGUGAAGUUCCAGUGUAAGUGGAGAAAUAGCCCUUCUCAGUCCUCUUCUUUGGCCCAUUACCUGCAAAGGAAGGUAGACGCGGAUGCUUCUCACCUGAAACAUAGUCCUGAUAUGGCAAAUUUCUUCAAGUGGCUCCCGCGGAUGUCCAAGCAAAGUUCAACCUCUUUAAAGAGCCCAUUGGACAAUGCUUCUACACGGUCACCCUCCCCUCAUUUGGUGCAAAGCUUGAAUUCUGUUGCCACCAGUUCAGUGAACAGUCCCAAACAGAUGUCCUCCACUUUCCCCAUAAAUGUAAGCAGCUCAGACAGUGCACGCUGGAACAAGUUGUAUGAUGUGUGCAUCUGCCACAGUGAGGGAGACCUUGAAUUUGUGGAGCAGAUGGUCUCCUACUUGGAGAGCCAACCGGAGCACUUUCGUUGCUUUCUUCAGUUGCGGGAUGCGACCCCAGGAGGUGCCAUAGUUUCAGAGCUGUGCGAGGCUGUCCAGAACAGCCAUUGUUGGGUGCUGCUGAUCACCUCCAGAUUCCUCCAGGAUCCUUGGUGUGUUUACCAAAUGCAUCAGGCCUUGAUGGAGGCACCGAUGGCCAAUGGCCGCAUCAUUCCCGUGCUGAAGGACAUUGAGCACAGAGACUAUCCGAGGGAGCUCAAAUGCAUCUAUUACAUCAACGUUACAGUCUUGGAGAAAGGCUUCAGGCUGGUCAAAGAGACCGUGAUGCGCUAUCUACGGGACCUGUGUCAGAAUGCGCACAGGAGCACUUAACUGGAACAUGGACUAAACGUUGAGUCUUUGAAGUAUUGGGAGAAAGUACUUUGGAUAAAAGCUAAAGGAUGUGUUGCUCGCAUGAGGAAGGAGAAGCAUGGUGUUCCCCUCCCACUGACCCAUCUCACCACUGAAGGGCUGAUUUCACAUUCAUUGGCAUUCAACUAUGUGGAAGAAGCACAGCCCGGCCAUAGGAGCUCCUGAAUGGCAUCUGGGCCUCCUGCUGUGCCACUGAAACACUCAAGGCAAUGGGAACAUGUCUGCCUGGGGUAUAUAUUGGAGGUUCCAGCGGGCCCAACAAGAGUUCCAUGCUUAUUCAUAAAAGUACUGUGCCUAUGCUGGAAGCGUGUGUAUGUGUGUGAGUUCUGAGAAGAUAGUUCCCUGGUUACCAAGAGGUCAAAGCAAUCUGUUACUUUGGGGAACCUUCUUAUAUAUUCAGAGCAUUAAUUUUUGAAAAUUUCUGUUACAUUACAGUAAAAUAGAAUAGUGUCAGAAUUCAAGUUCUUCCAUCAGCAUACACAGCAGAGAAGCAUGAAACCAGAACUGCCACUUGUUAAUAUUCCUGAAUCUCAAAAGGAAUUGCUGGACAGAAGCAGCAUUUUUGCUUCCGAUUCCAUUCGAGUGGUCUUCGUAGCCGAAAAGAAAAACCAGGCUUCAUCCUAACUCAUCUACCCAUAUCGGCUUUGGUUCUAUGUAUGAUUCUUUUCCGAAUUGCCUGUUUUAUGUUUAGACCAGACUACCUCAUAGUAUGCUUCUGUUCAAUGCCGUCUUAAACAAGCUUACAAGUGUGUCACUCAGUCUAGGAUUCCUCUCUAUGGGAAUCUUCUCUAGACUUUCUGUCCAGUCUACCAUAUGAAGAUCCGGCUGUAAAUCCCUUUCUUGUCCCUGUUCCUUCAUUUCUCUUCCUCCUUCCAUCACUUGGAUUGAUUGAUUUUUUAUUCUAUUAUGCUUCGGGGGGCGGGGGGGAGCUGUAUACAGCAAAUGUAAUUAGUACAUAAUUAAGUACUUGGCAGAACUUUGAAGUCUGCUACAAACUUUGGACUGUAGCAUAGUUACUGGCAGACAAGUAUAUUACUUGGACCUUAAAUUUCCUCCUGCUGCUAGGGUUAGUGGCCUCAUGGUAGAGUUCACCUGGAGAUGCAACUGAACUUCAAACUACAGAUCGGCUUCCCUGGAGGAAUGACAGCUUCAGAGAGUGGACAGUAUGGUGUCACAUCCCUGCUGAGUUCCCUCCCCUUCCCAGAUUCUGCCAAAGCUUCAGAAUUUUCCAAGCUGAGUUGAUGGUCCUACUUGCUGCAGAAUGGGACAUCAUGAAAUUAAUGAAUGGCAGACAUUUGAUCAGUCCCUAUAUAACAUGCUGUGUGUUUUAACAUCUUUUCUA